AUGCACAUAGGGAACAUAAAUGUGAGCGAAGAAAUAUCAUUAAAUUAAGUUUUUUCUACUAAAAAAUGCAGGCUUUCACACAAAUUCUUUCUACCUUCGUUCCUCGGAGGACCAUCAGCACAACCGCAGCACUCGGAGGCAGAAUCAAGAAAUGGAGAGAUAAGAAAAUGUGGAAAAACACUGAGCCAAACAUCCCAAACUGGAGAAAGGAAGCCGGUUUGGAGCAAAAUCCAACAUCAUUCGGUCCACUGACAAAUCUCCCGGAUUACACUUACAUGGAUGGACGUCCGACACCUUUAGGGGUCCGACAAAAAGGUCGAGUAAUGAAGCAACGCGAAUACGCGGGAAAAAUCGUACAGUACAUCGGAGAACUUAAUUUCGCCAAGCAACGAUAUCAGGAAAAUAUUAAUGCUGCAAUUCAGACGAGACAAGAAAUUCUGAAGAAUAAGCUGAAGCCAAAGGGUCAUUUGUUGCUCAAAAAGUGAUAAUUUUGUGCUUUAUGGGUUUUCAGUUUAGUGACGUUAGAAUAAAUAAUUGAAAAAAAA